AUGGCGCCUGGGACCCCGCUGAGCCACAGCCCCUCACCAAAGUGCACACCCCCACGAACGCAUGGAGCUGCCUUCUACAGAAUCAGACCCCCCCUUGGCCUACCAGGAUCAGCCUUGGCUGCUCAGACGGGCGGCGGCUCUCCCGGGUCUCAGGAGAUCGGCCGGCAGAUCUACACGACCCGCGAGGUGGUGGCCGAGAUCCGCGACAAGGAGACGCGGCGGCGCCUGGCCGUCCUGCCCUACCCGCUCCGCUUCAAGCAGCCCCAGGAGAUCGGCCGGCAGAUCUACACGACCCGCGAGGUGGUGGCCGAGAUCCGCGACAAGGAGACGCGGCGGCGCCUGGCCGUCCUGCCCUACCCGCUCCGCUUCAAGCAGCCCGGCCCCGAGUACCUCCGCCUCGUGACGGAGUUCUCCAAGAAGACCGGCGACUACCCUAGUCUCUCGGCCACGGACCUCCAGGUGCUGGCCCUGACCUACCAGCUGGAAGCGGAGCACGUUGGGGUAGCUCACCUGAAGACAGAGCCCGUGCAACAGGUCACGCUCAGCGCAACGAACCAGCACCCCGAGGCACCUGUCCACCUGGCUGGUUUCCAUCUCCCUUCUAAGACCAAGCGCCCAGAGGGUGAAGAGGGCCCUCCGGUCGUGGCAGGCCAAGGACACCCCGGCUCUCCUGGGGCUGAAGACGCCGCGUUUGGCUCCUUCAUGUUCUGGAGGCCCCCCUUGCCCAGCAUUGAGGAGGACAUUCGGGAAUUGCUGAAAGCGGCUGGUGGCUCUGUGGAGCCAGGGGAGCCCAAAGGCUGGGAGAGUGCCGAGGAGGAUGGGAGCGAGGAGGAGGAGGAGGAGGAAGACGAAGGCUGGAUCACGCCCAGCAACAUCCGGCAGAUCCAGCAGGGGGCGGGGCAAGGGGCGGAGCCUGCAGACGUGCAGGUUGGCUGCCUGACCACGGACUUUGCCAUGCAGAACGUCCUGCUGCAGAUGGGCUUGCAUGUCCUGGCGGUGAAUGGCCUGCUGAUCCAUCAAGCCCGGAGCUACGUCCUGCGCUGCCACGGCUGCUUCAGGACGACGUCCGCAAUGACCCAGCUCUUCUGCCCCCACUGUGGGAACAAGACGCUGAAGAAGGUGGCCGUGACCGUGGGCAGUGAGGGCAACCUCCACAUGCACUUUUCCCGCAACCCAAAGGUGCUGAACCCUCGCGGACUCCGGUAUUCCCUUCCUGCUCCCCAAGGGGGCAAACACGCAAACAACCCCCACCUGGUAGGCGACCAGCGCUUCCCCCAGCAGCGGCUCUCCCGCAAGGCCCGGCAGAAGACCAGCGUCUUCGAUCCGGAUUACCUGGCCGGCACGUCUCCCUUCGCGGAGAACGACAUCUACAGCCGGGCGGCCAACCUGCAGAUCCGGGAUGGGACACUGGGGGCAGGCCGGAGGCGGAUGAACCCCAACACCUCCACAAAGAAAUUUGUGAAAAAGAGAUGAGGGGGGACAGCCCUACCCCGCCGUGGCCACCUCUUCGCCCGCGUGGUGCCCCAUUGUGCUGCAAGAAGGUCAGACCUGAAGCCUCGACUCCCCUUUGGGACAGUGGCCCAGCCGUGUUUCCUGAACCCCUGCAGGCCAGCAGAAGCAGGGGCGGAAGCUGCACCUCUGGAGGGAAGGGGGUGCUGGGCAACGGGUCUGGAAAGCCCUGCGCAGUCCCCCGAGGGAGGCAUCUCCUGUCUCAAAGGCUGAGCCACACGGGCCUUGUGAAUAAAGCAGUGAGAUCCAC